GGAUAUCAAGCUGCUGUCGAUUAGUUUCCUCUGAUCUGUGUUGAAAUACUAAACUAAGCUAACCAUGCCCAGGUGUUACGAGUACAUUGAGGAGAUUAUACAGAAGCAAGAGCCUAUUGAAACUGUACUUCGCCUUCUAGUGUUAUUUUCCCUUACAAAUGCUGGGUUGCCCAAGAAGAAUUUUGACUACUUGAGGCGGGAAAUACUGCACAGUUAUGGCUUUGAGCACAUGCCCUUGUUAUACAAUCUGGAAAAAGCUGGCCUUGUUAAAAGGCAGGAAUCAAGGACUAAUUGGCCUGUUAUUAGCAGAGCUCUCCAGCUUAUAGUUGAUAUAAAGGAUCCUGAAAACCCUGAUGAUAUAGCUUACAUCUUUGCUGGAUAUGCAGCUCUUAGUAUUCGCCUGGUUCAGCAUGCAGUGAGGUCCGGAUGGUAA